AUCAACUGCGGCUCGUAUUUGAUAAUACGAAAUUGAAGUUCAGAAUAAAACUUAUGUGUUUUUUCGCAUUUGAAUUCAGUUUUGAACAUACUUUGAAGAACGUACACAUACAAUUGCGAAAUAUUAAUAUUGACAAUAGUUUGAUUGACAAAUCCAUAUAUGACAUAACGUCAUUUUAGUGUGAAUCCUCGCUACGAAAUGCAAAACAAUAUUUGAUUAGGUUAUUAACCUGUGUCAUCAAUCUUACAUUUUAUUCGUUUCAAGCAAAGUUUUUAUUCACAAAGUUGAACAUAAAAAUGAGCACAUCCAAUGAGUUGAUAGAAACGCCAUCAGCUAUUGAAAUCGAUUCGAGUGCUAUUGAGCUAAAACCAGGUAUAAAUCGUUAUUAUGAUUUUGAAAUGUGUAGAAUGUGCAAGAAAAGAAUUGCAGUUAAAAAAGUCGAUAUGAUUCGCGGGAAACUUAUUUCAGUUAAGGCAACAUCGAUGGAAGAUGUGGAGGAGAAAUCGAUAGGUUUGGACACAGUCGAUCAAGGAUGUGUUGGAUGUAGCACGAAAGAUUUGAGGCAAAUCAAAGAGGGUGUCUCCUUAUCGAUAUCAUCAGAUGAUGAAACUGAAAAUGCGAUUCCACUGAAAAAAUCGAAUAGCACAUCGUACAGAGGAAUGAUGGAUAUAGCGCUAUUGACCGCAAAUGCGAAUCAACUGAGGUUUUUGAUAACAUACAAUUCUGAGGAAAAGACUUUUUUCAUCAGUGCCACAUUAAUUAUCCUAUCUCUAAUCGUUCAAGUGCUCGUUGGAAUUGGAUUGAUAUACAAGCGUCAUGUGAAGAAGAAAGGCGAUAAAAGCAAAGCGGAUAAAGUUGGCAGUUUGGUAACAUGUGGAAUAUUUUGCCUAGCCGUUUUGAAUGUGUUAGUUGUUUCCUUUACGACAACUAGUAUAAAAUCCGCUUAAUUUCACCGUCAAUG